UGUCCUGAUAGUGUUAUUGGUAGCAUUUAUUCUGUUCUUAACCGUCGGAGAGGGCACAUUUUUGAGGAAUGUCCACUGGCUGGUACUUCAAUGUUUGUUGUGAAAGCUUAUCUACCUGUUAAUGAAUCCUUUGGAUUCACUGGUGAUCUUCGUGGCAGCACUGGAGGUCAAGCAUUCCCACAGUGUGUGUUUGAUCAUUGGCAGUUAUUGCCUGGUGAUCCUUUGGACAGUAAGUCAAUGGCUGGAUCUGUUGUAGUGGAGACAAGAAAAAGGAAAGGACUAGCCGAAAUUGUUCCUUCACUGGACAAGUACUUGGAUAAACUUUGAAAACAUUUUUUGCUGCAUUUAUUUUUUAAAAUUGGUUUUAACUUGUAAUUUUUAUUACUUUUGUGUGCAUUUUUAUAGACUAGAGUAAAUGAAUUUAAUUAUUAAAGACCACAUUUUUAUGUAG